AUGGUCAGAAGAAACAGGACCACCGUCGAUGAGUUCAUUCUCUUGGGAAUCACAGAUAUUUGGGAGCUGCAGGCCAUUCUUUUUGUGCUGUUCCUGCUGCUCUACCUCACUACCUCGGUGGGGAAUCUCGGCAUGAUCGCGUUAAUCAGGCUCAACUCUCGACUCCACACCCCCAUGUACUUCUUCCUCUGCCACCUCUCUCUGCUAGACCUAGGCAAUUCCUCAGCAGUUGCUCCCAAAAUGCUGGUGAGCUUCUUUGCAGAAAGGAAAGCCAUUUCUGUGCCAGGGUGUGCAGCUCAGAUGUACUUCUGUGGAAUGUGCCUAAUCGCUGAGUGUUACCUGCUGGCUGCAAUGGCCUAUGACCGGUACGUGGCCAUCUGUAGCCCUCUGCUCUAUGCGGUCACCAUGUCUCAAAAGGUUUGUGUCCGACUGGCUAUGGGAUCCUACAUGAUAGCCCACGUGAAUAUAAUAGUGCAUGUCAGCUCAGUGUUCAGUUUACGCUUCUGUGGUCCUAAUGUCAUCAACCACUUCUGCGACAUUCCUCCACUACUGAAACUUUCCUGCUCCAGUACCACUGUCAACGAACAUGUGCUUUUUGCCAUCGUUACCUUUAUUGCACUCAGCACUUUAACAUUCAUCCUUGUCUCUUAUGGUUAUAUCCUCUCAACCGUCCUGAGGAUCCACUCCUCCGAGGGCCGGUACAAAGCUUUCUCCACCUGUGCCUCACACUUGAUAUCAGUCUCAGUUUUUUAUGGGACUAUGAUCUUCAUGUACCUCCGCCCCAGUUCUAGCUACUCCCUGGACCAGGACAAAGUGGUGUCCGUUGCCUACACCCUGGUGAUCCCCAUGCUGAACCCCCUGAUCUACAGCCUGAGGAACACAGAAGUCAAGGAUGCUCUCAAGAGGCUCCUAGACAGAGUUAUUGUUUCCUUUCAAAAAGUCAAACUAGUAAAGGGAUGUCAUAAAUUAAACAAAAUAGACUUGGACAUUCUUGAAAUUUAG